AUGAUCCAACUAAAAGGCAAAUCUCUCUUUAGGGCUUCUACCACGUUAGCUGCCGUUGGAUUUUUACUCUUUGGUUAUGACCAAGGUGUUAUGUCUGGUAUUCUCCCUAACCAGCAUUUUCUUCAGUUGAUGGGCUAUCCUUCUUCUGUCAUGGUUGGCUUUACCGUUGCUAUUUAUGAACUCGGCUGUAUGGUGGGUGCUUUAAUCACAGGCCGCUUAAGUGACAUGGUUGGUCGCAAAAACACCAUCCGCAUUGGUUGUAUUAUUCUCAUUGUCGGUGCUGUUCUCCAAACGGCCACUCAAAAUCUUGUCAUGACCAUUAUUGCUCGUGUGAUUGCUGGUGUUGGAAACGGUAUGAAUACGGCAACAAUCCCAAUCUAUCAAUCCGAAAUCUCCCCGCCCAAGAGUCGUGGUGCUCAUAUUUGCUUUGAAUGUGCUAUUCUUGUUGUUGGUAUUGGAAUUGCUUACUGGUUAGAAUAUGGGCUUCAUUUUGUGGGCGGUGAAUUUGCUUGGAGAUUCUCUUUAGCCUUCCAAUUGAUUUUUGCACUUAUCUUGGUUUUUGGUACAUUUAUCUUACCUGAAACUCCUCGUUGGCUCGUAGCACAUGGAAGAGAUGAAGACGCGAAAGUGGUUUUAGCUAGACUUUGGACUGAUGGUGAUACCAAUCAUCCACGUUGCGUGUCUGAAUAUGAAGAGAUUAAGGAAGCAGUUGACUUUGAGCGUCGCGAAGACAUUUCGUCAUAUAAAGACUUAUUUACAAAAGGCAAAUACAAUAAUCGUAAAAGAGUUUUGCUUGGUAUGCUGAGUCAAAUUAUUCAACAACUUGGUGGUAUUAAUGUUACAACAUAUUAUCUUACGGAUGUUAUGUCACAAGCUGGUAUGGAACCUAACAUGGCCAUGCUAAUGGCUGGUGUUGAUUCUAUUAUUUAUUUGUUUGGUGCUAUGAUUCCUGUAUUUAUGGUAGAAAGAGUUGGCAGAAGAAAAAUUAUGCUUUGGGGUCUCGUUUUGCAAGUUGUUACACUGGCAUGUGUAGGUGGCUGCCAAAAAGCUAAUACCGAUGGCAUCAAGGCUGCUGGAAGUGCCGCUGUGGCAUUUACCAUGCUCUAUAACUUCUUCUUUGGUGCAAGUUGGUUAAGUAUGUCUUGGCUCUACCCCGCUGAAAUUUUCUCUACUGGUCUUCGUGCAAAGGGUAACUCAUUAUCCACAGCUGCUAACUGGCUUGGUAAUUUUGUGGUUGCAAUGAUUGCUCCCGUUCUUUUCCAGUAUCUCACUUUCUGGACCUAUAUUUUGUUUGCUGGUUUCAACGUUCUCUUUAUUCCCAUGGUUUACUUUUGGUUCCCUGAGACCAAGGGUCUUUCUUUGGAGCAAAUCGAAAUGCUGUUUGCUGUUGAAGCUAUUCAAGAUGAUGCAAGAUCCAUUGGUUCUGAACGUGAGCAUCAUAAUUCUGAUAACGAAAAGAAAAACGAUGUGGAACACAUCGGCCAAACCUUUGUAACUCAUAAAGAAGAAGUUGCUAGACCAAAUGAGAAGAUUUAAACGCUCUGAAGUAAUUUUCUUCUCGUCCACAUUUCUAAAUUUUUUGCAUAUACUUAACCAUCUCCCCUUCCCUUUCUUUUUUAUUUAAUUCCUG